AUAAAAGAGAGCCAAGUCGCCCGAGAUGGAACCAGUCCGGAUGAUCCUCCUUCACGACCAGACUUGGGACGAACCGACAUCACAUUCUUUUUUCUCUUUCCGCGAAUACUUGUAUACCAUUAAAACACAAUGAAGUCCUUUCUUGCCUCGCUCACCUUUGUCACGGCGGCGCUGGCAGCCGGCCGCACCUCGGCGCCGUCCGGGUGCCUCACCGUCAAGAAGUCGCCCGGCAGCGGCCAGUACGGCACGAUCCAGAAGGCCGUCGACGCGCUCUCGACGUCGGACUCCAAGGCGCAGUGCAUCUUCAUCGACCAGGGCACCUACAGCGAGCAGGUCCUCGUGCCCGCGCGGACGGCGCAGCUGACCAUCUACGGCUACACGGCCGACACGAGCGGCUACGCCGGCAACAAGGUCACCAUCACGGCCAAGAAGAGCCAGGCCGACGGCCUCAACAACGACGAGAGCGCCACGCUACGCGUCAAGGCCAAGAACUUCAAGCUCUACAACGUCAACGUCGCCAACGCGUACGGCAAGGGCAGCCAGGCCGUCGCCCUCAGCGCCUACGCCGACAGCGGGUACUACGCCAGCCAGUUCACCGGCUUCCAGGACACCGUCCUCAGCCAGCAAGGCAACCAGUUCUACUCCAAGUGCCUGAUCCAGGGCGCCACCGACUUCAUCUUUGGCCAGAAGGCCAUGAGCUGGUUCGAGAAGUGCGACCUGCGCGUCGUCGCCAAUUCUGUUGGGUACAUAACGGCCAACGGCCGCCAGUCCGCGUCCGACAAGUCGUACUACGUCUUCAACGGCUGCACCGUCGCCGCUGCGGACGGCAACAAGGUCACCGACGGCGCCUUUUACCUCGGCCGCCCGUGGAGGGAGUACGCGCAGGUCACGUUCCAGAGCACGAGCAUGACGGGCGUCAUCAACUCGGCCGGCUGGAAGAUCUGGAACAACGACGACCCCCGCACCAGCAACGUCCUCUUUGGCGAGUACAAGAACACGGGCAUCGGGUCCCAGGGCACCCGCGCCAGCUUCUCCAAGAAGCUCGACUCCGCCGUCUCCAUCUCGAGCAUCCUGGGCGGCGACUACGCCAGCGCCGGGUACUUUGAUUCUGCUUUCUUGUAAAAGAAAAAGAAAGAAAGAGAAAAAGAAAGACACACAAAAAAAAAAAAAAAAAAAAAGAGGAGAGGGAGCAGGGGGGGGGGGGGGGGGGGGGGGGGGGGAAGAGGAGAGAACAGCGACGGUGGAAUCUUCGGCGAAAGUUGAAGAGCCGGAACCAGCAGAAAACGCUUUUCGUUGCAUUGCGUGGCCCGACGCUUUUCUUCUCUUGUACAUACUUUUUUUUCUCAAACCGAAUAUACUGGCUGUAGUACGCAAUCUCACGCGGCGCUAAUCGGGCCAGGCCACCCCGUGUAUUUCCUGGCGCCAUGAUUCCUUUUCUUCUUCGUCUUUCUUCGUCUCCCUCUUCGGAUGCAUCCCGUGUUCAGCUCCAAUCGCGCCUCUUGCU